CCUCGUCGUUGAUAUUGAGGUUCUCCUUCCAAGCUUUCAUGACGAAGGCGUCAUUGACCGAAAUGCAAACGAUGGUGUUGACCCCUUUGGCCUUGAGCUACUUGGACUUGACGACGAAGCCCGGGAGGUGCUUCUGGGAGCAGGUGGGGGUGAAGGCACCGGGGACAGCCAAGAGGAUGGCCUUCUCUUGUUCUUGGUGAGGUCGGAGAUGGUGGUGGUCUGGAGCUCGUCGGCGGGGUUGAGAAAACGGUGCUGUUAUUUUUGAAGCUCCUUGUUCUUCGUUGGUUCAGUGGAUGAACUGGUUUUUUGGAGUUCCUUAUUCUAUGUGCUCUGGACAAAAUAGCCUUUGUUCUUGUAUAUUAUUCGCUUCCUGCUUCUAUUUCUUCUCCCUUGAGCAUCUUCAAUAACACCGACCCAUAGAGCCUAGGCUCUUUCUCUCUGUAUGGAAUAUAUUACACGGAGAAAAUGCAACAUCAUGGUGGGUUGGGAUUCCGUGAGUACGUGGAUGCUCCAGAGAAAGAGUGCUACAAGAUCCAGAUGUUUCAGCGUGAGCUGUCUCUCAGCCUAGAGCUUGUGACCCAAGCUAUUGAGACGUGUCGGCAACAGUUGUUGGGGACGACAACGGAGAACAACUUGCAUGGGCAGUCUGAGAGUUCGGAGCAAACGACAUCGAAUAAAGUCCCUCCUCCGGUGUUCGAGGAGUUCUUUGUUGGUUCAAUAGAUGAACUAGUUUUUGAAGUUCCUGGUAUAUUUUUUUUUUGA